AUCAUAAUUGCAACCACAAAUUUGUAGCCCCGUCACUUUUUCCGCCAGCAAGCCCCACCCUUCCCCAUCAUAGCAUGUCACGGGCCCCCUCUCUUGGAAGGUGAAAGCUGGCGAUUAGACAAGAGAGCGGGAGAGAGAGUGGAAGGGAGAAAAAAAUAAAAUAUAUAAACGGGCUUAUAUGCGACCCCGUCCGGCUUCAGAUCUCUUCGGAUUCCUGCAAAGUUCACAUUCGUGCUUGCUGCAGAGCUAUCGCUUUGUUCCCAGGAGUUUGUUUUCACACAACCAAAUCUACAGUAACAACGUCAUACCACAUUUCAGCACCGUCUCGUCUCGCACGACAACCCCCACGAGGAUGUCCAGCACCAGGGCGGUUGUCGCCAGCGUCUAUAGCGUUUCCGUCUCUACACCGCAGAACCUCUCGAGCUCGCCGGAGGACGUGGCUAACAAGUCCCACCACUUGGAGAAUGGAAAAGGCUUUACAAAUCCCUGGCCGAGUUGGAGAGAUUUAGAUCCGAUCAAGGCUCUGAAAACCAUUGCUCGGCAUCGCGUGGGUCCUGACUCCGCUGGAAUUUGGGGUCCCUCAACUACCCCACCAACAGUUCCAGUCGUAACCCCUCAAUUCCUACCAGCCCGUUCCACUGUCUCUACUGAAUUCCGUGCGACAUGGCUCGGUCAUGCUUGCUUUUAUGUCGAGUUUCCCGGUGGCUUCCGCGUCCUGUUUGAUCCAGUAUUUUCAGAGAGGUGUAGUCCAGUACAAUUUAUCGGCCCAAAGAGAUACACCAAGAUGCCAUGCGAUAUUGCGGAUAUCCCUGUUGUGGACGCUGUGGUCAUUAGUCAUAAUCAUUAUGACCACUUGGAUCAUAACACAGUUAUAAAAUUGAAGAAGCACCAUCCAGAUGCCUGGUACUUCGUACCGUUGGGUAACAAGGCUUGGUUCGCCUGCUCCGGUGUCGAGAAGUGUAUCGAACUAGACUGGUGGGAGGAGCGAGAUAUUGUGCUCACUCCAUCCAAUUCUCAGAUCUCAGCCGGGUCUUCUCCCUCUACCGAUCCCAACGAACUAUCAUCGAAAGUGCAAGCGGAGCCCACAAUGGAAGGUCCCAAGGCGAAUGGCAUUGUUGCGAGAAUAGGCUGCCUUCCAUGCCAACAUACCAGCAACAGAGGAUUAACCGAUCGAGGUGCGACAUUGUGGGCCAGUUGGAGUAUAGAAAGCGGUGGAAAGAAGGUUUACUUUGGAGGCGACACCGGGUACCGUGCUGUCCCCCCGGACCUUCCGAAAUCUGUUGAUGAUUACGGCGAAGAGUUCAGAGACUUGCCAGUAUGUCCGGCUUUCAAACAGAUCGGGGAGCUGAGAGGGCCGUUUGAUGUUGGGCUGAUACCCAUUGGUGCCUACGUGCCAAGAGGGGUCAUGAGCCCCAUGCACGCGAAUCCAUACGACGCCGUGCGAAUUUUUGUGGAUACAAAGUGCAACAAGGCGCUCGGAAUUCACUGGGGUACGUUUGUAUUGACUGAUGAGCCUGUACUCGAGCCGCCGAGGUUACUGAAAGAAGCCCUCGGGAAAGAAGGGAUCGAGAAGGAGGGAGUGUUUGACGUUCUCAAUAUCGGGGAGACUAGGGAAUAUUGAGAAGGGGGUCACGAUUUGUAUGAGAGAAUGAAUGGGAGCUGAAAUAAGAAGUGGAGACGGGGGGGUUGUGAAAUGUGUGUGAGGGAGGGGUGGAGGAAGGGAACCGGAAAAAAGGUCUCACGAUAAGAAAGGUCUUAGCCGCGGCUGUGCUGCUAUGCGCAACAUAAAAAAAAAGGUGAAGCCCAUCCAUCAAUCGAUCGAGGGGGUCGUGUGCCUGCUCCCGGGAGUUUUGGUGAGUUUGAGGUUUAG